AUGUCCUCCCUCACAGAGCUCUUCCAGUUCCUCGACUCGCAGAACCCCUCUGCCAGGCAGCUCGCCCUCCAAAAUCUGGUCGGACACACCCCCAAGAGUGCUCCCGAGCGACACAUCUUUAUCCCAUCUUCCUUUGCUGGCUCCGGAGCGACCGGUGGCGGUCUCGUGCCCAACAAGAGGAAGGAUGGGACUGAAGAAGACGAGAUCAAGCUCAAAGCAUUGAAAGACCUCACGCUUCUCUGUAUGGACCAGGGUACUAUUGCCCACGAUGCCUUGUCUGCGUUGGUCAACCUCUCGGAUACUCUGGCAGUUGCAAAGCAUAUUGCAUACAGGGAUUUUCUCGUCUGGCUCGUGUCAUACACUGCUUACACGACAUCUCCCCUAUCUCCCCUGACCUCUAUGCUCCUCUCCAACAUCACCUCGCACCCCAGUCUUAUCCCCGUUCUCGCCAACCUCACCAUCCCCCUCAUCCCCCUGCCCAAGUCGACGCACUACCCUCCCUACUACCUCCCCGCUUCCGGCUCUUCCUCAUCCACCAUUCACCCCGAUUUCCGUGACCCUUCUCUCGGACUGCCGCCCAACGCCGAAGUGGGUCAAGAGCCCGAGAGGGAGGUGGAGGCGAUCAGAGCGCUGGUGCAGGCAUUUGAAGACGGUGCUAGUGAUGGUGUGCGAGAUGCGCAAGGAAAGAGAAAGGGCGAAUGCCAUUUCCUCGCUUCCGUCUUUGCCAACAUUUCCAUGGCUCCCGUCACCCGUCAACUACUCCUUACCCCUCGCCCGCCCUUCCCUCAACCAGCCGAAGCCCAGCCUUCAGAGGACGACGAGCCUCUGCUGUCCAAGAUUGUCGUCUACACUGGUCACCCUGAUCUGAUCAGACGUGGUGGUGCCCUUGGAUGUAUCAAGAACUGUGCCAUGGACAGGGCCAGUAUGGUGUGGCUGUUGGCGUCUGAAGAUGAUCGAGUGAGGCUGCCUUCGGAUCCCAGCCGUAUGAUCAAGGGUGUCGAUGUUCUUCCUUGGGUGCUCGCCCCCCUCAUGGGCCCAGAGGAGUACGACAUUGAAGACAUGGAGAAGCUCCCUCCCACUCUUCAGUUCCUUCCUCCCGAGAAGGAGCGUGAAAAGGACACUGUUCUCCGUAUGAUGUGCGUCGAGAUCCUCCUCCUUCUGGCCACCACCUUCACCGGGCGUGAAGCCCUUCGUAACCGUGGCGCCUACUUUGUCGUGCGAGAGCACCACAAGGUGGAGACCGACCAGCAGAUCAAGGACUCUAUCGAGCGAUUCGUGGGCCUGCUGCAAAGGGACGAGGGGAGGGAGAGCAAGACGGAUGAAGUGGAGGGUAUUGUGAAGGGAGGGGCCAAGACGGAGGAAGGGGAGGGCGAGCUGGACGUUGUGGAGGUAUAA